UCUCUCCACUCCCAAAUCUAGCGAAGGGAAGGAGCCCCUGUCGCCCAAGAUGCAGCGCCCCUCGUGAAACGCGCGCAAGCCCUUCGUCCGCGCCCAGGAGCUGCCGCCAGUCGGUUCCCCAGGACUCAAGGUGUGUGAUAAAGUGGCCAAGAUGUUCUCAGAAGCCUUUAUAGCUGUUCUGCUGUGUACAAUGCUGGCUCCUCUCCAUGCUCAAAAUGAUGAUGAUGAUGUUGCUGCAGCUUCGUCCUGUGCAGAUCAAACUGACUGUCCCAUCAGGGUAUAUUUUGUGAUUGACACAUCUGAGAGUAUUGCGCUGCAGACUGCACCUUUGGGGAGCAUAGUGACCCAUAUGAAGAGCUUCAUCCCUGAAUUCAUCACAAAGCUGGAGAAUGAGCUCUACCAGAGCCAAGUGUCCAUCAACUGGCAAUUUGCAGGACUUCAUUUUUCAGAUGUGGUGAAAAUAUACAGCGAGUUCACUAACAGCAAGACGAUCUACCGUGAUCGGUUGGAGAGUGUUCAAUACAUUGGCCGGGGCACCUUCACAGAUUGUGCUAUCUCCAACAUGACAGCACAGAUCCUGGCCAAUCCAUCCCCUGGCGCUGUCAAUUACGCCAUUGUGAUCACUGAUGGCCAUGUGACAGGGAGUCCCUGUGGAGGGAUGAAGUUGCAAGCUGAAAGAGCCCGCGACGCAGGGAUCAGGCUCUUUGCAGUGGCCCCCAGCCACAACAUCUUUGAGCAAGGGCUGCGAGAGAUUGCCAACCCCCCGCUGGAGCUUUACCGUAGCAAUUACGCCAUCACAAAGAUGGACCCUAUCAGAAAAGAGUCAACCACCGAGAUAGAUACCAAUACCAUUGACAGGAUCAUCCAAGUUAUGAAACACGAAGCCUAUGGAGAGUGCUACAAAAUGAGCUGCCUAGAAAUUGCAGGCCCACCUGGCCCAAAGGGGUUUCGGGGACAAAAGGGUGCAAAGGGCAACAUGGGGGUGCCAGGUGUUCCUGGUCUAAAAGGACGACAGGGUGACCCAGGAAUUGAAGGUCCAAUUGGAUAUCCAGGUCCCAAGGGUAUUCAUGGUCUAAAAGGCGAAAAGGGAGAAUUUGGAGGAGAUGGACGAAAGGGGGCUUUUGGCUUGUUUGGACGGAACGGCACAAGUGGGCAAAAGGGCAAACUGGGGCGCAUUGGACCUCCUGGCUGUAAGGGAGACCCAGGCAACAGGGGCCCUGAUGGUUAUCCUGGAGGUGCUGGAGAACAAGGGUUGCCUGGGGACCAAGGGAUCAAGGGUGAUCCUGGCCGUCCUGGUCGCAGUGGACCGCCUGGGUUGGUUGGAGAGAAAGGAAAUCCGGGACCACAAGGCACCAAUGGAUCUCCUGGCACUCCUGGGACAAAGGGAGCCAAAGGUGGCCCUGGAACUAUUGGACCCAAAGGAGAACCUGGUCGUCGUGGUGAUCCUGGAACCAAGGGGGGACCUGGAGCUGCUGGACCCCCAGGCGGGAGAGGAGACCCUGGUUCUGAGGGCCAGAGAGGGCUACCAGGAGAAGUUGGAAACAAGGGAGGCAAGGGAGAGCGAGGAUUGCCUGGCCAACGAGGUAGUCAAGGUGGUGCGGGAGAACCAGGAAAGCCUGGCUCACGAGGGGAUCCUGGUGAUUCUGGUGUCAGGGGCGACCCCGGGGUGCCAGGUCCAAAGGGUGACAGAGGAAGACCUGGCUUUAACUAUCCCGGUCCAAGAGGAGCUGCGGGUGAGAAAGGUGAGAAGGGGCUUCCAGGACCAGAGGGUGCAAGAGGUGACUUUGGACUAAAAGGCCCCCCAGGAAGCAAAGGAGAACGAGGUGAACCUGCUGAUCCUGGCCCACCCGGGGAGCCUGGACCCAGAGGACCUACAGGCGAAGGAGGCCCUGAGGGUGGCCCUGGCCCUGCUGGAGAUCCUGGCCUGACUGACUGUGAUGUGAUGGCAUACAUCAGAGAGACCUGUGGCUGUUGUGACUGUGAGAAGCGGUGUGGCCCCUUGGACUUAGUCUUUGUUAUAGACAGCUCAGAAAGUAUUGGCUACACCAAUUUCACCCUGGAGAAGAACUUUGUCAUAAACGUGGUGAGCAGACUUGGUUCCAUAGCCAAGGAUCCAAAAUCUGAGACAGGGGCCCGUGUUGGGGUGGUGCAGUACAGCCACGAAGGGACAUUUGAAGCCAUCCAGCUGAACGAUGACCGCAUUGACUCCCUCUCCAGUUUCAAAGAGGCAGUGAAGAAGCUGGAGUGGAUUGCCGGGGGCACGUGGACCCCCUCUGCGCUUCAGUUCGCCUACAACACCCUCAUCAAGGAGAGCCGGAGAGACAAAGCCCGGGUGUUUGCUGUGGUGAUUACUGACGGGCGCCACGAUCCCCGGGAUAGUGAGUCCAACUUACCGGCUCUCUGCAGCAAGGGGGUCACUGUCCAUGCCAUUGGGAUUGGUGACAUGUUCAACAAGAAGGAGGAAGACGAGACCCUGAGCUCGAUUGCCUGUGAUGACGACAAGAGAGUUCAGAGAAUGAAGUUGUUUUCGGAGCUGGUGGCUGAUGAGUUUAUCGACAGCAUGGAGCAUGAACUUUGUCCAGAUCCUCAGAUUGUCUGCCCUGAACUGCCCUGCCAAACAGAUGGGAGGAACCCUGGGAUCGAAAACCCAGUUAUUUUCCGCCCUAUGGAAAAGGGAGACAAGAUACCUUUCCCCAGCACCAAACCUAUGAUCGCCCAGUUCCUGAACUCCACGAGGGAGAUCCAGGACCCCAGCAUGUACACCCAACUCGUGGCCACCUUGGCCUAUACCGCCGAAAAAGCCAAGUUUUCCACUGGACAUGAGCGGCAGGAGUGGAUGGACCUGUUCAUUGACACCUUUAAAAUGGUGCACAGCGAGAUUGUGGGGGAUCCAGAUACUGUAAUAGGCCUUUGCUGAGACUGUGCUCUGCCUCUGUCAAAAGAAUAGGACUUUAUUCUGCCUAUGAAACACAAAGCUAGUCAGAAAUGUCACUUUAUCUGUAGAAAUCUUGCUGGAGCUCUCAUUAGUGCUAGGCGAUUGCAACAAGAGAAGCUUCUAGAAAUAGGAACUUCUGAAAAAGUCAGUCUCAGCUGCUUUUAAGGCUUAUACGCAGCUUCGCUGCCAGACCAGCUCAUUUGGCCCUUGCCAGAGGAGAAAUGGAGCUAUCAUGUAGAGAACAAAGCAAACAAGGCAGGAUGGCCCCAAAGCAGACUUUCCUGAGUUUCUCACUUGAAAAAUCACACUGUGCUGAUAAACUCACAUAUUCUUGAAACAUUCCAACGUGGACUUGUUGGGUGGGGAGCCUAAGAACAGCCCUCUUGCCAACCACAUGAUGGCAGCCUCUGAGCAUGCUAAAAGCUGCAAAAUAUGAACUACACACUUGCAUCCCUACCUUUCCAAGUCCCCACUUCCCUUAAUUAUGAAGUGAUUUUUGGAGCUUAGGAAUCCUCAGUUUACCAACACACUUACAGAUGACUGCAUCUUCACACCAUUACAAACAUGGAUCAUUCCUAAGUGGUUGGAAAUUGUCUGUUUGCCAGCCUAUCAGUAUGGCAGAAACUUAUGAGCCGGAAUUUUGAUCCUGUGUUGUAAAGUUAUAUGUGUUCCUCUCCCUAUUGUCUGUCUAUAAAUUGCUGUCUGUCUUUUUACUGAAAGGACUUUUCUAGGUAACGGAAGGAAACAUUGAUCCCAUAUAUUUUCCCUCUUGAAUUCUCAGGGUGCAGCCAGAUAUUUGGAACUGUGGCCGAAAUGUUUUGAACACACAUUCACGGCGUUCCAGAGCAUUUGUUUUCACAGCUUGGAAUGUGUAUUCAAACCGCAGCCCUUGUCUCUGUCUUCACCCUAAAACCUUGGGUGCUCCCACCUAGAAAUAAUUUAGUCUGCCAGAUCAGUUGCCCAGCUCAGUAUCCACUGGUCAAAACUGGUAUGGAGCAAACAGCAGAGGUCCUUGCCAGGGAAACCUGAGGUUUGUCCUUGGUAGAACUUGGUCUCUGUGGGCUUUGUUUCAUUCCUGAUCUAUUUGUUUGGUUUUGUAUAUAUGUGUUUCUCCAUUUUGCACAUCUUUUGCCCUCCUUAGUGAGCUACUGUCAUCAAAAUUACUGAUGGAAAUUAAGAAGGAUGUUCUAUUACUGUAAAAAGUAAUGCAAAAUGAAAAUUUAGGUUUGUGGGUAUGAAGAUUCUACAUCUUGAGACUCUGAGAUGACUGUCCUGUCACCUUUUGCGUGGGCGAAUGUCUAUGAUACACGAGGGCCCAUAAUUGAGCCCAAAAUGCCAUAGAUAGUCAAUAAGAGAAUUGGAUAAGGCAUCCAACACAGAAGUAAUGUGUUUAAGCUAUUGUUGUAUUUCCAACACUGUAGCAAAAACAGCCUCUGCAUGAAGAAAUAAUGCAUUUAUAAUACACAUUUGGGAAAACUACAAAUAUAGUGGCCUGUUUUUAAAAGACUCUGAACAAUUAUUCAAUUCAGUAUUUGUGUUUUAUCAUUAUUAGUUGUGACCAAGUGGGGGGGUGAAAUCCCAUAUAGCUUCCAAUGGUAUUUUUGCUAGCAAACGUUAUUUUCUUCACCAAGCAUUAGAAAGCAGGUGGAACUAGACUGUCUGAAGGGGUUCAGUGAGGGAGGGAUUGCUUGCUUGCUUGCUGGACUCUUUUAAGCAAUCUAAUUUCUCCUGACUCCCACCACUGCAAACUUCAGUAAUGACUGGCUAAAUCCCAAGUAAUUAUUGAUAGCAUACACCUGUCCAAGCAGAACUGAAUUCUGAAUGCAGUUCAACCUUUGUGCAAGUCCCCUUCCACUAUUCCAACUUCAUGAGGCAAACAGGGGUUUAUCAUAAAGACAGAAUUCACACACAUUUUACAUACCCCCUUAAUUUUAAUUUUAAUUUCGCAGUUGAUACAAGGUUGACCCAAACGAACUGUGUACGUCUUGUGACUGUAGUCUGACAUGUGAUCACAGGCCAAUCCAGAUUUUGUCCUAAUACAUGAAAUUUGCUCAUCUGAUAUUGCCUCCACCUUUGCACACCUGUGGAACUGCCCCUAAGACCCACAUGGCCGUCGACU